AUGGCAACAACAAAAAUAGAUGCUGAUCAUGCAUAUUCACCAUCUAAAUGGUCACAUCGAUUUAAUGAUAGUGAAAAAGUUAUUGAGUCUCAUGUGCAGGCAUUGACAAAAGGUACAAAAUCUGCAAGAACUACCUUACCUUGUUUAUUAAACUGGGCAGUUGAUUCAAAAAGUUCCUUUUCUGAUCAUGCGAUUGAUAUCUAUCUUCCAUCGAAUACAAUACAGUUAUUACCUAAUAUCGAUUCAAUAAAACCAAAGGCUAUUUUUGUAUAUCUUCACGGAGGAUAUUGGCAAUUCUUUUCGCGUAACGAAAGUGCAUUUAUGGCGCAAGUAAUGAGUGAAGCACAAAUUCUUACAGCUGUUAUUGGUUAUCCUAUUGCUCCACAUGCGACAAUCGGUCAAAUUGUUACAUGUGUAGAACAGGCUUUAGUGAAAAUUUUGGAAUGGGCAAUGAAAUUAUCUAUUAAAGUAUUCAUCUGUGGUCAUUCAGCUGGUGGCCAUCUAGCUGCAACACUUUUGCUGAUUAACUGGAAGAAUAAAUAUAACAUUGAUCAUGAAACUUUUGGUGGUUUCUUUCUAAUUUCUGGUGUUUUUGAUCUUGUUCCACUUGUUUCUACGUAUGUUAAUAUACCACUUGGUAUGACGAUAGCAGUAGCUAAAAAUCAAAGUCCUUUACAUCGUGAUAGUAAUGAUUAUUGGUCAGCAUUGAAACAUGUACCUAUUUUAUGUGUUCAUGCUCAAUAUGAUUCUCCAGCUUUUCAUGAGCAGAAUCGACAAUAUGGAUCUUGCUUAGAAAAAAAUGGUUUCAAUAAUGUUAAGACCAUACAAUUCGAUAAUUUUGAUCAUUUCGAUAUUAUAGAACAACUUGAAAUAAGAGAUCAACCAUUGACAACUAUGAUUUUAAAGUUAAUAGACGAGUGCACUUGA